AAUCGUCCUUGGCCAAGUUUGGUCGUGGAAGUAGCCUACUCUGAAACAUUGGAUCACGUUGAAGAAGCUUUGAAAUAUUGGUUGAGUCCUGGUCGUGCCCACGAUUGUAUUAUUGUAAAAAUCGACCCAGUUCCCCAAGACCAAGUACCGGUCCGUAUGAGAGCUUGGCACUACUGUAUAUCAGACAGAAGAACGAGAAGAAUUCCGCAUAGAACUAUGUUUGAAUUUGGGACCCAAGAUGGCAUGGGAGCUCCAUUAAAUAUUGCACAAGGUCAAUGCAUCAUUAACAUAUCAUUAAGCUGUCUUUAUCAUGAUUUUAAGCAACCUGAUCCUCCUGCGCCUCCUAUCCAACCUCAAACUCUCUUACCUGAUCCUAUUCCGUUGGAUUUUUAUUUUGUUCAACGUUCUAUCAGAAAA